CGCGCAUCUCUUGUAUAGUCUGUUAGAUAAUAAAUUUUUAUCUUGCCAUUCCGUUACAACAAGAUGUCUGCCCUUGCUGCUAAGUCCGCUGCCUCGGGCGUAUGCUUCCGCAGGGGUGUGGCGCGAACAGCGCUUCCAAUGCCCGUGCAGAAGCGUGUUGUUCGAGUGCGCGCGGAGCCGGAGAGCAGCACUUCGUCCUCUGAGGAUGUCGCUCAGAAGUUGCAGGCUCAGGCGACUGAGGCACUUAAGUUUGUGCAGGGCAAGUGGGAUAGCACGGACAACUCGGAGAAGCCCGCGGCCCUUGCCAUAAUUCUGGGCGUCGUUGUCGCUCAGAUCGCAAUCGGCGCUACCAUUGAUGCCGUCGAUCGCAUCCCCGUGAUUAACAAGGGGCUGCAGCUGAUUGGCGUUGCCGUAACAGCACUCUUCUUCUACCGCUAUUUCACCGAUCCUUCAGAGCGGGAGAGCGUCAAGAAGAGCGUGGAUGCCUUCGUCAAGAGCGUGACUGGCGAAAAAUGAGCUCAGACAUCAGAUGUGGAGAGUUUGGUGUUUAGCUUAUGUUGCUGCACGAGGAGCUGUUCGUGGGACAUUAUGUUAUUGGUUCCUGUGAGGAUCCGGGAAUUUUUCUGCAAUCUAAAUGCGGUGAUGCAAACGUUCGCGGGCGGGAGGCAAUCUUUCAUAUUGUUCGGUUUCCUUGGACCUCGUUCUGAUUUGCCUGGCAUGACGUGCAAUUAUGAACGUGACGUUUGACCUGGUAUCCGGAUUUCUUAUUAUCGGUGGUCGUGCCUGCUAAGGCUUCUAUUUUACAGCGGAGUUGGGUAUUUCAUGUUAUGAUAUUUCUUCAAACCUCCCCUUAAUCGUGUCAACGUCGGGUAUACCAAUAACGUACCCGACGUUAUGUAAUAGACAUAACAAUGGAAAGUAAACCUUGUAUGUUCCGGCCUGCGGGCUGGUUGCUGUAUCUAACAGUUCUCGAUGGCAUGACUGACUACUGGCCCUAAGGGCAGGGUUCGCGGCAGAUGGGGACAUCGGCAUGCCAGGGGCGGGAAUAUGGUGCCAAAGUCCAGUUUCUUUAUGCACAGUUUACUGUAAACUUUCAAAGU